UUGAUCCUCGGAUUUCAUGUUUUAAAUCUCAUGAACUUAAUCUUGGAUUAAUUAUUAAUGUUUCUGAACCUAAAAUUAAUCCUCUUGAGGAUAAAGUGUGCUGAAAGACGUCCAAGUUAUGCCCUCAGAUAUGUUCAUUUCAUUUUAGCUACUUUUACAAACACUAAACUCCGGCAGUUCAGCUUAUUAUUGGACACGUGUUUCUGGAUAAGUUCUUUAUUAUUAUUAUUAUUAUAAGAAUGAAUGUUAUCCAGUAAUGCGCAUGUUUAAUGAGACACGAGUUGGUUGUUACCGAUUUUCUAAAAAUAGUUAUAGAUCUGUGGUAUGCCUUAGGUGGACGACAAAUUUUAUUGAUAUACCUAAAUAUGUUAACAUAGAUGCAUAUGAAAUUAAAGCUGCUAUCAUAUUAGUUUAAACAAUGUGUAUGUUUCCGUCUGAAAUAUUCAGUAUGCACAAAAAAUGUCGAAAAAAGGUUGAUUCGUGAUGACAUGAAGAAAUCUGGUUAGAAAUUAAAAACUUUUGAUAACAUGUUAAGAUGACUCCGUAAAAAGCAAAGGCAAAAGGGAGGCUCGUGUAAUUUAUUCCACUUCUUUCCAGCCUGGGAUAGAGUAGUUUAAAAAGAAACAUGGAGCACAUGUGGAGCAAUUUCAACAGUAAAUGGUGUAUUUUGAAUGGCAGCACAGUGGAGUACUAACUGUUAAUUUAGAACCAUUACAUUGAGCUUCUAUGUACAAUGUUGAGACAGCUUCUCACUCUCCACUUGGUUAUUAUCCAUUGAAAAUAUUUUCUUAUCAGUGUAUUCCUUAUAUUUCGCCUGGAAACUUUGGUUAAUUACUAAAAACCAUUUGCAGCAUAUCCCUUCUUGGAGGGACUCAAUGUGCUACGUCACGUUCAAAGUUUGUUAUGUGUGAUCACUUAUUCUUAUUCUGGACGAUAUGUUUGUCAGGACUGUUAUAUUAUCUUAGUCUGAAAUGAGUAGUUGUUCCGCAAGAUAAGGUGAAUAAUAUAAAAGUAAGAGGAAAUCAUACCAUAUGAUAUGGAGUGCUGGUACUUUUUAUGUUGUGAAAAAUGAUGCUACUCAUUUACUUGGUGCCUCCAGUGCAAUCUCUGCUUCGUCGGCAGAUUCUGCUGACCUACGCGGAGUGGGACUCUGAUGUUGUUUGUGUGACUUCUGCCAUAUCUGUGUCUAUCCUUGAUUUCAUGAUUUGGACACUCAACCAAUUAACAAAGCAAAGGAGAACUUUUUUUUCCUGGGUUCUGAUUUCUGGGAAGGAAGAACCAGAAUCACCCUUGUCUCCUGCAAUAGAUGCUGUAAUUAGAAUAUUCAAACGCAUCAAUGGACUGCCUGAGAACAAUGGUGAUGGCAAGGCCCUUGGUGCUGCUGGAAUUGCAUUUUGUUCGAUUCGGUUAUUAGUGGCAUCCUCCCAAGGCAUUAGUUUAAUAGGAAAACAAGGCUCUUUGAUCAAGUCAAUUCAGGAGAGCACUAGUGUCUCUAUCCGCAUUCUAUCCAAUGACGAAAUGCCAGUUUAUGCCAGUUCUGAGGAAAGGAUUGUCGAAUUACAAGGGGAAACUCUCAAGGUUCUCAGAGCUUUGGAAGCUGUGGUGGGGCACCUGAGAAAAUUCUUGGUGGAUCAUACUGUACUUCCCCUAUUUGAGAAGAGUUAUAAUGCACCACUCACUCAGGAACGGCAAGUAGACUCGGGGUCUGACAAGACAUUGCGGCACACAACUCCGAGGACUUCACUUGGGAAUUAUCAUCCUCUUCAAGUGAAGAGGGAUUCGUUAUUUCUUGAUCAUGAAAGUCAAAUGGAAGCACAUAUCCCUUCUUCUAGAUUUUCAUUGUAUGGAUCAGAUCAUGGACUUGGAAAUCGUUCUUCGGCAGGAAUAGGAUCUACAGGUGGACCGAUUGUAACUCAGAUUGCUCAGACGAUGCAAAUACCACUUGCUUAUGCAGAGGAUAUCAUUGGGGUUAAAGGAGCAAAUAUUGAUUACAUUCGACGUACUAGCGGUGCCAUCCUCACUGUGCUAGAGAGCAGAGGCCUUCAUGAUGAAAUCACCGUGGAAAUAAAAGGCACCUCUUCACAAGUUCAAACAGCUCAGCAGCUAAUUCAGGAAUUCACAAGUGGUCAUAGAGACACACUUCCCGAAACUUAUGGCAAUCUGGAAUUGAGUUUGAGGCCUUCCUACUCUCAGCUUGGCAGUGGGUCCUACUCGUCCUCGUUGUAUAGGGAACAACCUUAUGAUGGCUAUGGAUCAUCUGGCCUUGGAGGUUAUCGUAAUUUUAGGCUAUGAACUCUUAGGCCCGAUGUUCAGCAUUUUCCUUACAACUGUUAUAACAUAUAUGCCAGAUCCUAAUCUGUAAAGUGUAAAGCAUCUGCCAUUGACUAUGGAAAAAAAUAAAAAAUAAUUUUAUUUUA